AUGCUGCUUGCUUCAACUGGAUGUCUUUGCAGCGCUCUUCUUCUGUUCUCUUCGUUCGAAAAGAAGGUGCUCGUUGUUUUAAAGACCUUGGAAGCGACAGCUGGGUGCGGAGGCGUUGGUGAAGGACCAGCUGUAAAACGUGAUGGAUGCGGCGUGACACGGUGCCUGCGCAAUAUGGACAGUUUGUUGCUUUCCCGGUCGAAAGGUGUCCGAUGGGUGGUGCUGGACCUGCAGGGCCAAGAUGUCGCGGCGGCAGAACCGUCUUCGAUCAGUUUGUUGCACGGGAUCUCGCGAGAAUCAGGAACUUGCAGGACGGGCACCAGGUUUUUGUUGCCCUGA